AUGGCAUCGCUAUCCAGAAUUCAAAAACUCGCCCUCAUAAGUUUGGGUGCUGUCGGAGGCGGUUUAGCAUAUUACAGAAUAAAUAGUGAUUCUAAGGAAAAAAGGUUCAACGCUUUCAACUCAUGGACGACGAAUUUUACUCCUAGCGUGCAGUGGGAUAAAAAUUGGGACCACCGGGAACCAGAAUGCUUGGUAAAACCAAUUAAGCAUGGACUGGAAGAAGAUGACAACAAGUAUAAUGAGAAGCUGGAGAAAGCGAAGAGCAGGGCUGUGAGGCACUUGUUCCUCAUCAGACAUGGACAGUACAAUGUCGAUGGAGCCAAGGAUAAGGACAGGACUCUUACGGACUUAGGAAGACUGCAAGCGGACUUCACGGGCCAAAGACUGGCUCUGUUAGACAUAAAAUGGGACUUACUAGUCCAGUCCACAAUGACACGGGCUCAAGAAACAGGCAACAUCAUAGCCAAACACCUGGACAAGGAUAUUGAAGUGAGGGACUGUCAGCUCAUUGAAGAAGGAGCCCCAAUACCUCCGGAACCACCCGUUGGACAUUGGAGACCAGAGCCAAAACAGUUCUUUCAGGACAGUGCGCGGAUAGAGGCAGGGUUCCGUCGGUACUUCUACAGAGCGCCGCCUGAGCAGACCGAAGACACCUACACCUUGCUGGUCUGUCACGCAAAUGUGAUCCGCUAUUUUGUUUGCAAGGCACUCCAAUUCCCACCUGAAGGUUGGCUGCGGUUAUCACUGAACCACGCUUCCAUCACAUGGUUAUCCAUAAUGCCUAAUGGCAACGUAGUCCUGCGAUGCUUGUCUGAUACAGGCCACAUGGACCCUAAGUACAUCACUAGCCGUAAUAGCGGUUCAAAACGGAAGGUCAAGAAACAAGGUAAGGAGAACAAAGGGGUAAAAAACAACUAA